AUGGCUAUCGACAAUCUCGCCACCAUAGAUGUCUCAAAGGAGAACUGGUCUAUUAUUGCAAAGGGUUUUAAGAUUCAUGCUACGGUUAGGAAGACUCUUAUAUACCGAUUCCAAUCUUUGCUGAGUGAAGGACGUGUAUAUCAGAUUUUGUUUUCUGGUGUUGGUGAAAGCGGUCGUGAUUUCCGUUCAACCUCGCACCCAUUCAAGAUCAACUUUGAUAUUCAUACAUUUGUGCGCUUGGUUCCCAAACAGGCCAUCAACUUAAACCCUUACAAUUUUGUGCCAAUAUCUGAUAUAAUGUUUAAGGACCUUUAUACGUCUUUUCUUAUAGAUGUGAUUGGAAUUCUCACUGGUGCAAGUGCUGAAACUGAGUUUGAGAAAGAUGGAACAAAGCAGAAAAUGAUUACUAUUGAACUUGACCAAGAUGGAGUUCGGGUUGAAUGCACCUUUUUUGGAAAGUAUGUUACUGAAGUCGUUGGUUAUUCUCUUUAUUGUUGA